AGUUGGGAGCAACUCCAGAGCCUCCUUCAAGAUGCUGCUGGUCCUGCUGUCAGUGGUCCUGCUGGCUCUGAGCUCAGCUCAGAGCACAGAUAAUGGUAAAAAAAAUUAUUUUAAAAAGGAGAUGGGGAGUGGGAUGACGGGCUGUGACUCUUCCUGGCCCUCAGGGGUUCACCCCACACCACUGCAGAGGAAGAGCAGGAUGGAAGGAAGGAGGUUGAGAAGAAGGGUAAGGCUUCAGAGCUCUCAUUCCAAGGAUGACAUCUGUUGUGCCCCUCAUUCCAUCCCAAGGCCUGAUACUUUAUUUAAUAUACACUUGGAACCAAAUAGAGAAUUUCACUUAGAGGAAUGACAAAGUAAGAUUUGUAUUUUUAGAAAGACCUGGCUGUGCUGUGAAGGAUGCAAUGGAGAAUGCAAGACUGAUCCAGGGAAGUCCAGCUGUGAAGAUCCUACAGUAAUCUCAGUGGACAGUGAUGAUAGUGUCCUUGCUGUACAGGGGAUGCAACAUCGAUGAAAGAGAUAAACAAACAUCAGAGUACUUUCAGACAUAGAGGACUGGAAGAUAAAUUUGUGUGUUUCUACAUAGUGGUAUAGAAAUAUCAGGUCCCCAAAUUCCCAUUUUCUUCCAAUCACAUUUAAAAUUUCAAUAUGUUGCUGGCAGUACAUGUACAUGAUUGUGUCCAAAUAUUUACUCCUGGUUGCUCCUCUUGGGGAAGCUUGUGAGUAUGAUCAAAAUAUUUAGAGAAGGAAUAAGGUAGAAGACUAAAAUAUGACUUGAAAACACCCAGAGCAGUUUGCCUAAAUUAGCAUUAGGGUUUGAGGGAUCCUAAGGAUGACAAAAAGGGACUCUUCUAUGUUGACUUCAUGGUUGAUGCUCAGUGGUAGUAACAAUCCUGCCUCCCCUAACAUCUUCCUCCCCUUCCAGUAGCUUCACAGAAGAUGGUUGACAAGGUAACUUAGGAUGCACAGGGUGUGGCCAGAAGACCCCUUUCCCUAUAGGCCACUUGUGAGCCCUGAAAGAUUUAUGAGGAAAUGUUUACUUCAUCCUGUACUUCUUUUCCUAGAUGUGAUCUCUGAAGACUUUACUCUCACCUCACCAGAUGUAGAGGACUCAAGUCAGAGCCCAGAUCAGGGACCCCAGAGACCUCCUCCUGAAGGACUCCUACCCAGACUCCCUGGUGAUAGCUGUAACCAAGACGAUGGUCCUCAGCAGAGACCACCACAACCAGGAGGCCAUCACCGCUAUCCUCUCCCACUUCCUUUUCAAAAUCAACGACGACGACCCCAACGAACAGACCUUCACCGCCCUCUACCCCGACUUCCUCCUGUAAGGCUGGAGGAAGUACCAGCAUUCUUCCAGGGGGACAAACCGCCAAGACAUCUCCAGGACCAGCCACGCUGGUAGUAAUCUAGAAUUCAACGACAGAAAAUAAAUAAGAAGAUAACUUCCUUCAGAAAGCCAUUACAUUGAAAUAAUGUGGUCAUAACUCUUUCUUCAGUAUACCAAUAAAAUACUAACAGCAUGCAA